AUGACAAGUCACGGACACAUGGCACGGCGAGGAAGUCAUAUUGUGCCGACGACUAACCCUGGCUCCCACAGCCGAAAGAACAGCACCAACGCCGCCCCUCGUAUAAAAAAACGCACGAGCUCCAUCAUUCCGAGCGACGAUUUGACGACGCUGCCACUGCUGGAGCUGCCAGCGUCGAUCCACCGAUCCGACGCGUCGUCGCCGCCAAAUGGAGGCGCCCGAUCGACGUGGAUAACCCCCCGGCUGAACGACGAGCUGCUCAAGAACAACGCCACAGACGGAGUCCUGGGCAAAACGUUUGGGACGCUGAGUCUCGAAAAGAGCUUGGAGUUGCUCCAAAAGAUCCUCACGGAAGGCAGGUCGCCCCCCAAGGACCACCAAAUUCGCUUUACGACCCCUCCCGUGAUUGCGAGCUCCCCGAUGCCCCCACCGCCUAGACUUGGCGAGACAGAGCGCAAGGCUUCCGUGCAAGCUAUCUCCGCGCCCCAGCGAAUCGAAGAGUUAUACGACACCAUCACAAUCUUACGCCAGGAAUUGGACAUGGAGAGGGCUCAAAACCGCGCAAACGACAGUGGCACUACCGGGCUGACGGCAUAUUCCAUGGACACGGGGGGCGAUAGCUACUAUUCUGCGCUAGGACGCAACGCCGAGCUACACAUCCGCGCCAAGAAGUUCGAGUCCGCCGCCAACUCGAUGCGCGAGGAUUUGGAAGCGUCCAAGUUGGACCAGAAGAAAACUCUGGACCAUGUGAAUUCGCGCGAAGAAAAGCUGCGCAAUGUCAUCAAGAAGAACAAGUGCCUUAUGGCCGAGUACGAAGUCCUAAAGGAUCAAUACGUUGAAGAGAAAGUCAAAAGCGUCGAAGUGUACCGAACCAUGACGUUGGACAAGAAGCGCCACGACGCAGUACGCGAAGAGAUGGAAGCCACACAAGCCCACUUGCACAAGCAGCACGCCGAGCUCGAAACCAAGAUCGAUGCGAUGGCCACGGCCCACGCGGCAGAGGUAAAGGGACUUCAGGCAGCCCUGGAGACGACCCAAGCCGAGCGAGACCGGCUGGUGUUGUGCGUGGCCGAGUCUCGACACCGAUUCAGAGCGUGGAAAGACCGAGAAGCCAAAUCCGAUCUCGCAACGAGAGAACAAGCCAAGGAGGGGUUGCAACUCGAACAUGCGAUCCGCAUGGAAAAGUUCCAGAACGAAAUUCGCCUCCUCCGGGAAAAAGUUACGCAGCUCGAGCAGUCCAACCAAAUGUUGAAGCGGGAGCCACAUUUGUCGCCGCUGGAGCUCACGCAACGAAAACACCAACUCUUGAACACGAUCACAACCCAGGAAGCCGACCUCAUUGGCAUGACCACCAGAGUCCAGGAGCUAGAAACGAUGUUGGCAUUUGCAAAGUCCCAGCAAGAACAACAAGGAGCGAUGCUUCGGACAGCACAGGAAGCUAUGGCCAACAUGCUGCACGAUCGAGAAGUCCAAGCUUUGGAGCAUUUGAGUUGGAAUGCAACCCCCCCUCGAACGCCUUCCACGGCUCCGAUGUCUCCAACUAGCCAUCUUGUCUCACGCGGUUCUGUCUUUCCAAUGAAGUCGCCCACAUCGCCCGCGUCUCAACUCACCCCCCGCGCCCCAUCGUCGGCGCCAUCCCCUCGAGUCCAGCAAUCGAAACGGAAAGGGCAAUAUCGAAAGGCCGACUCGCCACAGCCACUGAGCCCUGCACCCCCUCAAUCUAUCACGCCCACAUUAUCGUCCACACCACCCUCGUCUGCCCCGAGCGAGCAAAACUUGACCGUGUCCAGCUGGAAACAAGAUGUUCGGGGCCUGACAGAACAAGUCGAAGAAUACAAAGCCAUGAUAGUGUCGCUGUCGAGUGAAAUCGACAAACUCAAGACAGAGCGGAAAAAAGUGGCCGUGCAAAAGCAGACAGACUUGCAGCACCAGCACCAAGCAGAGCUCGACGCUACCAAGCGCCAACUCGCCCAAGCCAAGAUCAACGAGCAAGAAUUGAGUAACGCCCUGGAAAAGUACCGACUCCAUGAAUUUAACAAGGCGGCACAACUCAUUCAAAUCAAAACGCGAGGGGCUGUCGCACGGUAUAAACUCAAGGCCAAACUGAAAGCGACGAGGAUUCUACAAGCGCAAUUGCGAGGGUUCGCCGCCCGCAAACGAACCAACUUGUGCCGGCCGUCCGCGAUUUCUGUCCGCGACGAGCGGCGGAUGCAGUCAGCGCCCACGAAAGUGACCGAGGACCAGGAUGUGUAUGUGGAAUAUUUGUCCGUCCCGCCAUGCGUGAAGGUGGAAAUGUGGUACAAUGGGCAACUCUUGACCAAGUACAUUCCAAACCGCAGCUUGCCGCUGUACGUGACCAACGGCGCCAAAAUGCUCGACAAAGCCCGCGACGAGCUUCAAGUCGCACUGGCCAAUCUUGUUGAAUACGAUGACACCUCUCACAUGUUGGUGCUGCCGUUGUUGCCACCUGAAGACCUCGUCGCCAAAGCACAAGACGAGGCAGCCGAGAAGAUCCAAGCGCGCGUCAAGGGGUUUAUUGUUCGCAGGGAGUUGAGCGACGAGAGGGAGCGCCGACGCAUCGCCGCGGAAACCAUCCAAAGCCACGCCAAGGGUUACUUUGCACGCAAAACGUACGGUCGGAAGGCGGAGGCCGUGGUGCAGAUACAAGCGCAAGCCAAGGGAUACAUCAUUCGAAGGCGGUAUCGGCGUCAAAAGGAAGCGUUGGAGAAGAUCCAAGCCACCGCCAAAGGUAGUUUGGAGCGAAAAGCGUACGAGCACAAGCGCGCAUCCAUUGCAAAGAUCCAAGCGCAAUCCAAGGGAUACAUUGCCCGACGAACGUACGGGGCGAAGAAGGAGGCCGCGGUGCGCAUCCAGGCCACGGCCAAAGGGCGCAUGCGACGGCAGUCGUACUUGGACUACCAAGAAAAGUCGAAAGCUGCCAAGUCGAUUCAAGCAAGGACCAAGGGUUUUUUGGCUCGGAAGGAAAUCACGGAAAAACAAGACUCGGCCAUCAAGAUUCAAUCGCAUUUCAAAGGCCAUUCCAUCCGGCGCGACCGACGGCGGAAAGCCGAAAGCGCCACGAGAAUCCAAAGCGCUCGCCGCGCGUACAUUGAAAAGCAAGCGUUCAUUGUCAAACGACAAGCCAUUUGCAAGAUCCAAGCCGGCAUCAAAGGGUUUUACGACCGUCAGCGGAUAUGCAUCAUGCCGCGGAGACAGCGACUCAACGAACUCGACGAAACCCGCGCCGACCACAGGUUCCGGCGAAACGUCGAGUCCAACUUGGUCGAGUUCCGGAUUCAUUGCCUCGACAACCCGCCGUGUGUCAAGAUUGAAGCGCUGCUGCACAAACACGUGUACAGUACGUUUGUCAAGUACCAAGAUAUCAACAACUUUGUCGGGUUUGGUAUGGAAUUGUACCAUGAAAAUCCAGAAACAUUGGCUAAAACCAUCGAGCCACUCUUGUCGUUGGUGCCGUCCGACGGCCCGCACGGGUAUCGAGUUGUGAUCAAGAAGACAUGGGACAUGAUGGACUCCGUGAGGAAGCUCAGCCUUACACUGGACCAAAAGAACGACCUGCGAGAAUUUGCACGUGCACACGUUAUGGCUGCCAAGGCGGCGGCAGAAAUUGGGUUGCUGUCGGCUCAAUUGCGAGAAGAGUUGUACGUCCCUGAAGUGAUUGGUAUGGCUAAGUUUGACGUGGAACCCGCUGAAGAUAUCGGAACUCCAGUCAAAGCGAAAUCGGGCAUCGGUGAACAGCCACAACCACCAACCAUUUCCCCUUCCAACGUGGCAGUUCAAUUGGACGGCAGCCCAGAGCCCACGUCAAAUGCAUCUGUUGCAGGCAGUGUCUUAGACGUUCCGCCGUCCACUGAGUACACAGAAUAUUUUGGUGACUCAAUCAGCGCUGUCGCGGUUCUGCUCCCGUUGAGUUCCAAUCCAGCCAUCGAUAGUGACAAAGGUGCAGAGCAGUUUGAUGCGUCAGGCAACCAACACAAUGUGCCACCGAAUGACGACGACAGCGACGAAGCGAAAGCAUCGUCGGAUUCAGAGGCUGAAGAAGUUGCGGCGACUACGCCAGUUGAGAUUCCCAUGUGGCUGGUAAAUUUGGACAUGGAGGAAGAAGCCGAUUUCAAGACCAUCUUGUGCGCUGUCGACGAGGCUAUCGAGCACUUGUCGCCACAUUCGUCGGAAGCAAACCUCCGCUACUCGAUCACUCAUGGGUACUCCAUGGUGGAGUCGAUGAACGCGUUGCCAGUAAUCUAUGGUAUUUGUUCCCACGACUUGUUCGAUGAGACAACGAAGCAAGCCGCCGCCACGGAUCAAAACCUGCGCAAAUCCGUUGCAGAAUCCUGGGCCAAUCGUAUCCUCCAAGAUGCCAUGGAAUCGUUCGCGAGUCAGCAUCCUCAGCAACCUCGGCGUCAAUCGACGAAUUUGGACGAAUUCGUUCUUGACAUGGACAACUUGAACAGUUCAACAAUGAAGCAACUGCUGGACGACCACCACUUUGUGUGCGAGGUGGUACAACAAGUCGUGACUGAGGCUGUCGCGAAGGUAGCGCACCACACACCAAAUGGUGAAAGAUCGACAUUCCCUAUCCUACUUCCGAAGGUUGAUGCACAUGAAACGCAGACAACCGAUCCCGAUGUUCAACCCGGCGACCUGCCAGACACAAACCGUCACGUUGACGUUAUCGACGUUCCUUCGUCAUUUGACAGUGACAUGGCCUUGUUAGAAGCACCCCCAAGUCCCCAGAAGGCGCUUGCCUCGAUUACAAUUCGAAGUGUCAUAGACAACACUGUACGAAUGGUCACCAAACCACCCCACCGAAACAAACUCCCCCUCAACGCCGAUAUCAAAUCUGAAUUCAAGGCCAAUACAGGGUGCGAUACAAGGAUAGCGGCGCUAACGUCAGCAGCAACAAGUUGCGUUGACAAAGCAAUUACCACUGGCAUCAGCAACGUGACGAGGCGGGUUUCUCAACGGAAACCUUCUUUCAAUCUCGACAUUUUACGUCUGCAUCGCAAUCCCACAGAAUGCGCUGUUGCUCAGGCGACGCAAUACGACGAAAUUGAGCACACUCUCACCGACAGCGCUCGAUUACAUGACCAUAAUCAUCAUAACCCAGCACUCAGCAUCACCGCUUCGACCGCGGACACCAAGCGAAAUCCGUUCAAAAUUGACAUAGACAAUGCACCAUCUCUUGAAGUGACGUCACGAACAAUUUCGACAUUAGACUCCUCGACUGUUGAAAUCAAGCGAUCCCCAGUCGUCGCACCUACCGUGCAGCCACCCAUCUCUAGCCAAACCGACAUCGGAGAAAUGCCGUUCACCAUUGAUGUGGCUGACGCGCUUGCGAACACGACCACUUUCACUGUCGAAUCAGUGGUCGAGUCGAUUCCAAUCGUUGCCGUCGAAGCCGCGCUCGCAACCGAUGCUGAAGUCGCAGUGGACGUCGUGGACACCCCACGUUCUAGUGCGGUAUCCGAAGUGGCUCCAACGUUAGUCGCCGAACCGGUGGCCGUGGCCGAGCCAGUGGACGGGCCAGUCGCUGCGGUGGAUUCACCAUUGACAGACAUCGAGCGAUCGGAAGCCGCACCUCCGGUGGAGUCACCCGUCACUGCUCAGGCCGACAUUGUAGAAACGCCGUCCACCAUUGACGUGUCGGACGCGCAUGUGGACGUGGCUGCUGUCCCCGAUGAAGCCGUUGUGGAGUCGACUCCAAUCGUUGCCGUCGAAGCCGCGCUCGCAACCGAUGCUGAAGUCGCAGUGGACGUCGUGGACACCCCGCCUUCUAGUGCGGUAUCCGAAGUGGCUCCAACGUUAGUCGCCGAACCGGUGGCCGUGGCCGAGCCAGUGGACGGGCCAGUCGCUGCGGUGGAUUCUCCAGUGGCUGAUAUCGAGCGAUCGAAGGCCGCACCUCCGGUGGAGUCACCCGUCACUGCUCAGGCCGACAUUGUAGAAACGCCGUCCACCAUUGACGUGUCGGACGCGCAUGUGGACGUGGCUGCUGUCCCCGAUGAAGCCGUUGUGGAGUCGACUCCAAUCGUUGCCGUCGAAGCCGCGCUCGCAACCGAUGCUGAAGUCGCAGUGGACGUCGUGGACACCCCACGUUCUAGUGCGGUAUCCGAAGUGGCUCCAACGUUAGUCGCCGAACCGGUGGCCGUGGCCGAGCCAGUGGACGGGCCAGUCGCUGCGGUGGAUUCACCAUUGACAGACAUCGAGCGAUCGGAAGCCGCACCUCCGGUGGAGUCACCCGUCACUGCUCAGGCCGACAUUGUAGAAACGCCGUCCACCAUUGACGUGUCGGACGCGCAUGUGGACGUGGCUGCUGUCCCCGAUGAAGCCGUUGUGGAGUCGACUCCAAUCGUUGCCGUCGAAGCCGCGCUCGCAACCGAUGCUGAAGUCGCAGUGGACGUCGUGGACACCCCACGUUCUAGUGCGGUAUCCGAAGUGGCUCCAACGUUAGUCGCCGAACCGGUGGCCGUGGCCGAGCCAGUGGACGGGCCAGUCGCUGCGGUGGAUUCACCAUUGACAGACAUCGAGCGAUCGGAAGCCGCACCUCCGGUGGAGUCACCCGUCACUGCUCAGGCCGACAUUGUAGAAACGCCGUCCACCAUUGACGUGUCGGACGCGCAUGUGGACGUGGCUGCUGUCCCCGAUGAAGCCGUUGUGGAGUCGACUCCAAUCGUUGCCGUCGAAGCCGCGCUCGCAACCGAUGCUGAAGUCGCAGUGGACGUCGUGGACACCCCGCCUUCUAGUGCGGUAUCCGAAGUGGCUCCAACGUUAGUCGCCGAACCGGUGGCCGUGGCCGACCGAGUGGACGAGCCAGUCGCUGCAGUGGAUUCACCAUUGACAGACAUCGAGCGAUCGGAAGCCACACCUCCGGUGGAGUCACCCGUCACUGCUCAGGCCGACAUUGCCGACAUUGUAGAAACGCCGUCCACCAUUGACGUGUCGGACGCGCAUGUGGACGUGGCUGCUGUCCCCGAUGAAGCCGUUGUGGAGUCGACUCCAAUCGUUGCCGUCGAAGCCGCGCUCGCAACCGAUGCUGAAGUCGCAGUGGACGUCGUGGACACCCCGCCUUCUAGUGCGGUAUCCGAAGUGGCUCCAACGUUAGUCGCCGAACCGGUGGCCGUGGCCGAGCCAGUGGACGGGCCAGUCGCUGCGGUGGAUUCUCCAGUGGCUGAUAUCGAGCGAUCGAAGGCCGCACCUCCGGUGGAGUCACCCGUCACUGCUCAGGCCGACAUUGUAGAAACGCCGUCCACCAUUGACGUGUCGGACGCGCAUGUGGACGUGGCUGCUGUCCCCGAUGAAGCCGUUGUGGAGUCGACUCCAAUCGUUGCCGUCGAAGCCGCGCUCGCAACCGAUGCUGAAGUCGCAGUGGACGUCGUGGACACCCCACGUUCUAGUGCGGUAUCCGAAGUGGCUCCAACGUUAGUCGCCGAACCGGUGGCCGUGGCCGAGCCAGUGGACGGGCCAGUCGCUGCGGUGGAUUCACCAUUGACAGACAUCGAGCGAUCGGAAGCCGCACCUCCGGUGGAGUCACCCGUCACUGCUCAGGCCGACAUUGUACAAACGCCGUCCACCAUUGACGGGUCGGACGCGCAUGUGGACGUGGCUUCUUUUUCGGAGGAUUCCUUGAAUCAAGCCGGUGGAGUUGAGAGGGAAUGUAUGACGGCUGUGGAAGAGACAAUCAAGCCCAAUGGCGUAAUGAGCUCGCAAAAUUCCGCCGUGUGGGCUGCCCUUGAAUCGCCAAUGAAUGCAACCUUACAAGCGAAAGCAAAUUUGGGUGAAAUGCUAAACUCUACCGUUGGAGGGAAGGAGGUGGCAGUUAGCCCAUUGCCAGAAUUCUUGUUUGCAAUGAAAUCCCCCGACAUAGUGCCACAAAAGUUGCUUCGCCCUCAGCAGUCGUCCACAUUGGAGUCGAAAAAACCUCUCCCAGGGUAUGCUGUUCGUGGGCUGUCAUUUAGCAGCAGCGAAGACUCAAUGGACGAAGCUCCGGAACCUGUGAUUCCGCCUACAAACUCGUCGCAAUCGGAAGCUAUUGCGACGACAUCACAAGCGUCCAUUGGGCUGAAAACUCGGCUCAUGGGGUGGUGGAAGGACAAUUAGCCCGCCCUGGUUGUUAGAUCGUAGCCCUUAUUUAUUGUCGUCUUGAACGACGCUCAAUUUAAUCUAUUUUAAUCUUGAUCACGGGCCUUGAGCAGGCAAUAGAUGG